AUGGCGAGUGCUGUGCUGCCGAGCGGACCCCAGUGUGCGGCGGCGGCGGCGGCGGCGGCGGCGGCGGCGCCUCCCGGGCUCCGGCUUCGGCUUCUGCUGUUGGUCCUCUCUGCCGCGGCACUGAUCCCCACAGGCGAUGGACAGAAUUUGUUUACGAAAGACGUGACAGUGAUUGAAGGAGAAGUUGCAACCAUCAGCUGCCAAGUCAAUAAGAGUGACGACUCUGUUAUUCAACUACUGAAUCCCAACAGACAGACCAUUUAUUUCAGGGACUUCAGGCCUCUGAAGGACAGCAGGUUCCAGCUGCUGAAUUUUUCCAGCAGUGAACUGAAAGUGUCGCUGACAAAUGUCUCCAUUUCUGAUGAAGGAAGAUACUUCUGCCAGCUCUACACUGACCCCCCGCAGGAAAGUUACACCACAAUCACAGUCCUGGUCCCACCACGUAAUCUGAUGAUCGAUAUCCAGAAAGACACUGCGGUGGAAGGCGAGGAGAUUGAAGUCAACUGCACCGCCAUGGCCAGCAAGCCAGCCACGACCAUCCGGUGGUUCAAAGGGAACAAGGAGCUCAAAGGCAAAUCAGAGGUGGAGGAGUGGUCAGACAUGUACACUGUGACAAGUCAACUGAUGCUGAAGGUGCACAAGGAGGAUGACGGGGUUCCAGUGAUUUGUCAGGUGGAGCACCCUGCUGUCACCGGAAACUUGCAGACCCAGCGGUACCUGGAAGUACAGUAUAAGCCUCAAGUGCAUAUUCAGAUGACUUACCCUCUACAAGGCCUAACCCGGGAAGGGGACGCGCUUGAGUUAACAUGUGAAGCCAUCGGGAAGCCCCAGCCUGUGAUGGUGACUUGGGUGAGAGUCGAUGAUGAAAUGCCUCAACAUGCCGUGCUCUCGGGGCCCAACCUGUUCAUCAAUAACCUGAACAAAACAGAUAACGGGACCUACCGCUGUGAGGCUUCCAACAUAGUGGGGAAAGCUCAUUCGGAUUAUAUGCUGUAUGUAUACGAUCCCCCCACAACUAUCCCUCCUCCCACAACAACCUCCACCACCACCACCACCACCACCAUCCUCACCAUCAUCACAGACACCACGGCGACGACAGAACCAGCAGUUCACGGCCUUACUCAGUUGCCCAAUUCCGCAGAAGAACUGGACAGUGAGGACCUCUCAGAUUCUCGAGCAGGUGAAGAAGGCGCGAUCAGGGCGGUGGACCACGCCGUGAUUGGCGGCGUCGUGGCCGUGGUGGUGUUUGCCAUGCUGUGUUUGCUCAUCAUUCUGGGGCGCUAUUUUGCCAGACAUAAAGGUACAUACUUCACUCAUGAAGCCAAAGGAGCCGAUGACGCAGCAGACGCAGACACAGCUAUAAUCAAUGCAGAAGGAGGACAGAACAACUCUGAAGAAAAGAAAGAGUACUUCAUCUAG